UUGACCCAUAUGUCGCCGUACGGUUUUGCGAAUUUUGGCGUGGCGUUCGGUUUGGGUCUUUCCGUUGUCGGUGCCGCCUGGGGCAUCUGGUUGACCGGAUCUUCUUUGGUGGGUGCAGCCGUCAAGGCUCCCCGGAUUCGAUCCAAAAACUUGAUUAGUGUAAUUUUUUGUGAAGCCACCGCCAUUUACGGUGUCAUUAUGGCUAUCAUCUUGACUAACAAAAUUAAGGAGCCUGAGGAUAAUGGCUUGUACCUCGACAGCAAUUGGGAUUAUCCUGGUUUUUACUACGCAGGCUACGGCAUGUUUUCCGCCGGGCUUUCCGUGGGUCUGACAAAUGUUGCGUCCGGUGUAUCGGUUGGCAUAGCUGGGUCCAGUUGUGCAAUUGCCGACGCCCAGGACGCCUCGCUCUUUGUCAAAAUUUUAAUUGUGGAGAUUUUCGCCUCGGCCCUUGGAAUCUUUGGUAUCAUUGUGGGCAUCAUCCAAUCAAACGCUUGUACCUUCCCUGUUGCGGCUUUGCAGUAA